AUGGACGGCACUUCCAUCAUGACCGCCACCGGAGCGGUCUCCAUGAGCCCGACAAGCCCCAUAAGCUCACGGCAGGGCGGCGGAGCCAAGCGCAAGAGGAGCACCGGCGUUGGCGGCCUAGAAAGCAGCCCCGGCAGCUUUGUGGACGAUGAGCAUGCCGACGAUAAGAAACGCCAGCCAGGCGUCAAGCGAGCGUGCAACGAGUGUCGCCAACAGAAGUUGCGAUGCGACGUUAUCCAGGAUCCUUUUCAAAGCUGCUCCAGGUGCAGGCGCCUGAAGCUGGACUGCAAGAUCGAAUCCAAUUUCAAGCGCGUGGGAAAGCGGUCGAAGCAUGCUGAGAUGGAGAAGGAGAUUGAACGAUUGCGCCGAAACGUGGCGAAGGCGAAGCAACAAGGCUUCGCGCUAGACGCUGCCGGCGACGACGACGACAUCCUCGUGUCACCCGCGACCCAAAAUACACCGUAUGCGCAUACACGAAACCCAUCUCUCAUGGGCUCAGAUGAGGCCGUCUCAUCCCUACUGCACUUGAAGAGGGGCGGGGCCUAUAAUGCACCACAGUAUGCUUAUGAACUCGACGGCAUUCGGCUCACCGAGGAGGAUACCACGCACCUAUUCAACGAAUUCUUCGCAUUCUACCACCCCUUCUUGCCUUUCCUGAACUCGCAACAACCACCGGAUCAAUACUAUCAGCAGCACGCGCUCUUGUUCUGGACCAUUGUUGCCGUUGCCGCUCGCCGAUACAGCCCGCCGAACGCACCGGAUUUGCUGAACCAUCUCUCCGCGCCCCUGACGCGCUAUCUGUGGACGACAAUCGGCGAAGUGCCUAGCAGCUACUUCGUGGUCAAGGCAAUGUGCCUGCUCUGCGCAUGGCCUCUGCCCACGAGCACGACCGCAUCCGACCCGACCCAUAUUCUGACCGGCGUUAUGAUGAAGACGGCAACUGGAAUUGGACUUCAUCGACCUAACCACAUCCAGGACUUCUCGCGGGUCUCAGUGGAACUUAACAAGGAACAACUGAGUGAUCGCGUGACAACCUGGGCUGUGUGCAACAUAGUUGCCCAAAACGUUGGGACCGGGUAUGGCCAGCCUGCCUCCUCUCUAUACGACUGGACACUGGCCCUGAGAGCAGGAGAUGAUAACGCUCUCAAGUUGAGCCCGGAGCUGGAAGCGCGGCUUCAGAUUGAGCGCUUCUGCGACAAGGUCUCAAAGGAGAUGUACAGCAAUGCAAGUGACCCGCGUGGCGUUGCCGGUGACGAGCAUCGCGCUAUGCUGAUGAGGAUAUAUCGCCGUGACUAUGCAGAGCUUCAGGCGUUGAUCCUGUCACAAAGACUAGGAACAGUUGUCAACCUGCACCUCAAAGCGGCUGCGCUCCACAUGAGGCUCGCGGGGUUCUUCGAUUCUAGCACAACGCCAGGCUAUAUGGACGAUCUGAUGGGGCUGUGGCGCACGGCGACUGCCUUCCUCGACGAGGUUCUCGAGUCGAGCCAAACCAAAAGCCCCGGGGCGAAGCAAGGGGGCAACUUGCUGCAGUACGCAACCAACUACAUCCAGCAGAUGCUGGUAGCGGCAGGCUUCACGGUUCUGAAGCUGAUUCGAUCGUUCUUUGCCAAGACUGUUGAUUUCCAGCGAGGUCGAACCUUGUUCCACGCAACGGUAGCAGCCAUCCGCCGGACCAGCGUCGUACACAACGAUCUCCAAUGGCGCCUGGCGGAGCUGAUGGUCCAGAUGUGGAACGGGGCCAGACUGGAGCACAGCAACCCUACGCUGCAUCCCCAGGACGAUUCACCGGUGCAUGUAGAUGACAGCCUGCAGCUCAAGGUACGCUGUCGUCACAGUAUGAGUCUGGUCUUUGACUCCGUGUGGCGUUGGAGGGAAGAGUACCAGGCCCAAGGUCGCGGCACCCUAGAAUCUAUCAAGCAAACGAAUCUGGAAUCGGCAAACGAAUCUUCCGAGUCAUCGACUCAUCUCGACAGCACGCUUAUGCCUGCGCAAGCCUUGACGUCAGGCAUGCUCCAUGCCAAUGGCAACAACAAUAAUAACAACAGCAACAGCAACAACAAUGGUGGCUUGACACCGAACGCCACUGCGCUCUCCGCCACGUCAUCCGCCCCGAAUAGUAUGCUGGGCGGUUUGAGUUACGGCGAGACCAACUACGACUUUUUCGAUCCGCAAAAUUGGAUGUUGGAUGGAUUGCUGGAUUUCAACUAUUCUUACGUGCCCCCGAUGGAGGGUACGUGA